ACCUCACUGAGCUGCUGCUGUGCUUUUAGUCACUGUUCUAGGGUCAGACUGGGAGAGCUGGAAUGGAUCAGACAAUCAUCACCAUGCUGCCAAGACAAACGUCAGACUCACUCUCCUCCUUUCAUUCACGCUGCUCGCCGCCGUGCGGAGUUGUCAGGGGGGCUGAGCGCGGAGAGGUUCCUCUAAAACAUCAAAAGAAACUGCAUUUUUCCUGACAACGUCCAGCUGGAUCUCUGUUCAGACCUGGUGAAGCUGCGUCUGUGCAAAUAUCCCUUGGAGAUACUCGGAGCGCGUUUGUGCGCUUUGUGUCUGGUGAGUUGACUGCUACAUGGAGUCUUCUCUUGAGUUUUCCAGCUCGUUGGGCAGCGUGUCCUCACUGCUGACACGCUGCCGGACCUUUAAACUGCUGGUGAUCGGAGACUCCGGGGUGGGGAAGACCUGCCUCACACACCGACUGUGCGCCGGGGAGUUCCCCCGGAGAGUGGAGGCCACCAUCGGCGUGGACUUCCGCGAGAGACAACUGGAUGUCGAUGGAGAGAAAAUUAAGCUCCAGCUGUGGGACACAGCGGGACAGGAGCGUUUCAGAAAGUCCAUGGUGCAACACUACUAUCGGAACGUCCAUGCCGUGCUCUUCAUAUACGAUGUCACCUGCCCUGCCAGCUUCAGUGGCCUGACGUCCUGGAUAGAGGAGUGCAGGCAGAACUCUAUCGGACAGGAAAUCCCCAGGUUCCUGGUGGGUAAUAAGAGUGACCUACGUGACCCCCGCAGGACCGACGGCCAGGUGAGCCAGGAGCGGGCGAUGAGCUUCGCCAAAGCCCACGGCAUGAUGUUUUUUGAGACGUCGGCCAAGAACCCGCCAAACAAAUGCGUUAGCGGUCAGCGAGGUGAUGGGGAGCUGCCGCAUCAGCAGGAUAAGGUGGAGGACAUCGUUGUUGCUGUUGGUGCCAAACUGAAGCGACAGAAGAAACCUUCAGCAGCAAACGGCCCGCCGUGCAGUGGCUCCUUUAAAGUCCCCAACAAGAAAAGACCGGAGAAAGAGCUGUGGACCUGCUGCUGAGAGCCAACUGUGGGCCUUUUCAGAUGGAGCAAAGUGACUUUUCAGCUCUGUCCAAGUGUCUGAUUGUGUGUGUGUGUGUGUGUGUGUGCGUGUGUGUGUGUCUGUGAAUAAGAGUAUGACCGUAUUGUGCCUAAUGUUCAUUUUUAGCCGAAGAGCAAAAAUACUAAACUUCUACUUUUGAAAUCAAGUUGCUGUUACUCCCCCAUAGAACUUUUAUUUAUACUCUUAAAUAUGUGAGAUGGCCCUCUUGGAAAUGUUGUGUAUAUCUGUGAUUUUAUUGUUUACAAUAGCUGCAAAAUAAAAGACAUCAUUUAGCGGAAGCUCUGA